AUGGUCAAACUCACUAUUGCCCGCUCCGCGAAUUCGUCAGUCGUGCAAAGUCAGCCACUUGUUGCUGUCUUUUCUGGAGGGACCAAUGGAAUAGGCUUAACCACGUUAAAGGCGCUCGCAGCCAGCCAUUCGACCACUGGCAAAGGCCUUAGGGUCUACAUCAUAGGUCGAAACCAGAAGGCGACAGAAAAGAUCAUUGCCGACUGCCUGUCCUUAUGCCCUCAAGGCGAUUUUCGAUUCGUCCGGACCAGCGACCUUGCUCUGUUGAAAGAGGUUGACAGGGUAUGUGAAGAAAUCACCAAAGCAGAGCGGGCUUGUGCAGCAAAUGGAGAUAAGCCAAGGGUCGACAUGCUGUUCAUGAGUCAGGGCGAACUAUCACUCGAGCCGUAUACCAGAAAUGCCGAGGGUCUGGAAUUCCGUGUUUCGCUUCUCUACUAUUCGCGGAUGAAGAUCAUCCUCAACUUGCUGCCGCUGCUUCUGGAAUCCAAUCUCCCGGCUCAUGUCGUCUCAGUAUUUGCGGCGGGCAAGGAAGGAGAGCUCCCCCUUGAUGACCUCUCCAUGAGGGACCCGAAGCAUCGGGGGCUUGUGUCCACCAGAAGCACCGUCACGUAUAUGACGACCUUCUUCUUCGAGUGGCUGGCCUCCCAGCAUGCAGGGAAGCUCAGCUUGGUUCAUGUCUUCCCUGGUCUGAUCCUGACUGAUAGUGUCAGGAGCAUGCCACUCUGGGCCAGAACGCUUUGGUGGAUUCUCCGGCCAGCACUCAGUCUCUUUUGUACAUCCGUGGAAGAAUGUGGGGAAAGAAUUCUCUUCCUCGCAAAUCCCGCUCGAUUCCCAGCUGGAUCGACCCAAGGUGAAACUGGUGUUUCAACGCCUGGCAGCAAUUCAACGCCGGUGCAAGGAUUGGCACCAGCAAUGGGCACCGAUCUGAAGAGAGGUAGCGGUGCUUAUGGGGUGAAUCUUGAUGGCGAGACUAUGUCAGAAUCUCAAAUCCAUAAAUCCUACGACCGACAUCGGGCGAAUGAUGUUGGCGGUAAAGUUGUCGCUCACACUGUGAAAGCAUUUGAAGAAAUCAAGGCUGGGAGGGCAUUCAAGGAUUAG